GAGAUGCAGGCCAACGUCAAGACGAGGCGCUAGUGCGAAGGCGAACCAGAGUCACACACAUCUACCCCGCACCGCAUCGCAACUGCUCCAGUCAGCUCCCAGUUACUCCUUUCCCCCAUCUAUCUCAUCUUGAGCAUCAGCAUCUUCACCCUUUCUGACACACAAUGACGGACAGCGCCUCCCUCUACUCGACGACCGACACCCUCGUCGACGUGCCCGUCCUCGAUUCGUCCCUCUCCUCCUACCAGGCCGGAGACGUAGGCCCCAUCCACGUCAGCCUGUACAGUAACUACGACCGAAGCCCACCCAACGCUGAGCGUCUGACCAGAGUCGGCUUCCCCUCUACUCAGACACGCGGUCAAGCCUCGACAGGACGACUGCCCAACCCCCUCUCCUCCCUGCGCAAGAGACUCCAAUGCCAGAUACCAGUGCGAGACGCUAGAUUCGCCUGGCAGUACGCGCCAGAAGCCUCUUCGGUCGACGAGGUGGAGCAGAGGAUCAAGGAGGUCCCCACCAGUAGGCGCAUAGCUACACUGUGGGAGUUGCAGCUGGCCGAAGUAACCGGCAUCCGUAAUCGUCCCCGCCUCGCAAUUAUAUUCGCCGCCCUCUACAAAGCCAUGGAUCUCCGAGCAAAAGUAGGGAUGCAUUGGGCAAGCGUAACACUUACGGCCCCUGCGUGGUGGGUGGAUCGUGGUGAUGACCCCGAUACGGAGCAGCAGGAGGAGGAGGAAGAUCGUCGCAAUGCCGAGCAGCAUAGCGGGGAGGAUACCCCCUCCCCUACACAAGAGGAAGUGGACGCUUUCUGGUCUCAGAACCCAACACUUCACCCUUCCCAUCGCGAGACGCCUGCAGAGCUAUUAGCCCGUCUCUCCCCUCCUUCACGUCACGCACAACGUACCUUGGAUCGUAUCAUCGCCUGUCUAGAGAGACAGGGAGCCAUGUUAUCCAACGCGGGGUUCAGUUCACGACCAUCGGCUGCUCGACGCGACCCGAGGAAGAGGCCCACUAUACAGCUCAUCGGGCUUUUCCCUCAAUUCAUGAUGGCCGAGUUGAAGAGGGCAGCCAGUCGAAAGAGGGGGGCACUCAGCGCCGAGGAUGCGAUGUUGCUCGCUGGAGCUGGGCAAGAGGUACAGCUCCUCGUUCGUACGGAUGACGAGGCUGGUGAUGCUGAUAGUGACAAGGUGACAGAGGCGACCAAGCACAUGGCGGUGAUUCUUCAAGGUUGGCAGGUGAGGUUACAGAACGAGCCUUACCUCAAGGGCACGCCGCAUUGGGGUGGGAUGUUGGGGGCUAUGGGGGGAGGGAUGGCUUUUGGUGGUAUGGGAGGUGGGUUUUGAGGGCGAGGCGAGGCGAAGCGUAGAAGUGGCGAAAUUGGGAAUACCGAGAAUUCAAGAUCGU